CAUGACAGGAGCGGGGCCAGAGGUCAGCGGCAGCCUUUAUCUAAGAUGGUGGCGGCAGGGAAGCGGGCGGUUGGGUAGUGGACUGGACUCGACCCGGUUUGUUUUGGUGUCGGCUGUAACCAAUGGUGGGACCUAACGCGGUCGAGCCCGAGGGGGUAGCCGGUGCAGGGUCGCCGGUCGGCCCGGGGAGCGCUGCCGCCAUGGUGUGCGUGCUUCCCGACGCGGACAAGGAGGUGAAGAAGCUGCAGGAUCUGGUGAAGAAGCUGGAGUUGCAAAAUGAGCAGCUUCGGAUCCGCAGCGGCCGCGGAGGGAAGAUUAACGGCGUCAGGCCGCUGUCCUCACUCUGCCGGGCGCCGGGGACCGCUGGCUUUGUCGGCGACGGGCUGAGCCCCGGCGACCCCUUGUUGUCUGAAUACGAGGCGUUGUUUAACGGGUGGAAGGUGGAGGUGCCCGGCAUCGUAGAUGGCUGUUGGCUGCGCUCUCCUGAUGCCGACGACGAGCAGCAACAGGCCGUGUUCAUGGAGGAAGAUGUCCUGGACCUGGACCCGGAUCCAGCCGCCGUGGAGGAGGAUAGCUGGCUGUAUGUUUCACCGAAGAAGACAGCAACACCAGAUCGAGACCAGAAGACACAGAAUCCUUUGAAAUGGUGCAGACAGGUGUUUGAUCAUCCCAGCCCAGAAACUGAAGCUGCAUGCCGUAGUCUUAUGUGCCGACUUGAUCAAGCCAACAGAUGGAGAAACAUCUAUUGCACUCCGUUUUCCUCAUCAUGUGCUUAUAGCUCCAGUACAGAUGUCACUUCGUGUAGCAAUCUGGUAAAUUCUACUGGUUGCCUCAAAUCGUCUACUAAAACAGUACUAACCUAUGGCAGUUCAGGUUAUCCAGCCAUUCACUCAGCACUCAGUUCCCAGUCAUCCAUUGACAGUGAGCUAAGCACCUCCGAUGACUCUAUCUCCAUGGGAUAUAAAUUGCAAGAUCUGACAGAUGUCCAGAUCAUGGCUCGAUUGCAGGAAGAAAGUCUUCGUCAGGACUAUGCUUCCAGUUCAGCAUCAGCUUCACGCCGUAGUUCGAGUGCCUCAUUAAAUUCCUUGAGGAGAGGUACCUACAGUGAUCAGGAGUUUGACACUUACAGUCUAGAUGAUGAAGACGAGUAUGAAUACUCUUUAUCUCAGCGUAGUGUGCAAAGAUACUCACCGUCACCACGAAAUUCACCUCGAUCACAGUCUCCAAUUAAGGGAGCAGCAACCCCAGGAAGAGUUCGGCCAUCACGACGCUGUUUGCAAGGUCGUGUGUCUGAAUUGAUGAAUUAUACAAAGAAUCAAGAGGAAAUGCGUCGUAGUAUGCCUAAUCUGGCUAAAACUGGAAUUCGCUGUUCCGAUUCCUCGAGGAACAGUCGAAGCUUUGAAUCUAAUUUGCAAAUGCCCAACAAUCGAAUUUCACGUGUGCAGCAAUCUCCAGCAAGUCCAGCUACUGGGAAGCUCAGAUACACUGGUAAUGGGAAUCAGACUUCAUUCUGUAACAGACAGCCAGUGAAAGUAAUUGCUAACAGUAACUCUCCCUUAAUGACAAGGCAUUCUGUGAAAGCAACAGGAUACCUGAGUUCUGGGAGUAAUGUUCGUAGAAUCCAGUCUGCCACUUGUUCAGGCACUUCGCCAACUGGCCUUGCCUCCACUGGAAGAUCCUCCGGUUCAACUCCUGUACCAAGGAGCACCCCGACCAAGUCACGAGUUACUUGCACUACAGCAACCACAGUUUCGAAGAGCAAGCUCUUACAGCCAGCUAGGAGAGCUACGGAUGGAAUGGAAUAGAAAGGAUCAGUGGCGAUUGGGAUGAUGGGACCCUACAACUACCGAAGGCACAAAGUACUGUGACAGAAGAAAAGUGGAAAGAAGGCUGUUACUGAAGAAUGCUCAAAGAUUUGUGAACUACUGGCAUUUGAAAGCCCAGCUGGCUGGGCCAACUUCAAAUGAACACAGGAAAGCAAAGUCCAGUUUCUGACAAUGGGACAAUAUUUUGUAUAGAUUGGUUUUGAAUGUUAGUGGUGAUCUGUGCCAGGAUUUUGAUUCCUGGGUUCAUAUUGAUUACAUUAUCAGCCCAGUUGUGUAAAGCCAGGUUGUGCCAUUAGGUACCUUAAUUUUGCUAGUUUACGUAUUUAUACAUUACAGCCCCAAACUGACAUUGAACUUGAGGGUGGAAUUAUGUAAAAUAUCUUUAAAUAGCUGAAGCAUUCGCAUUUUGCUUUGAUGCUUUUAUUGUCUGUACUUUUCUACCAUUCCAAAAUUUAAAUGAAUAUCACAAAAUAGGAUCUGUACUUGGAGCAUUUGAAGAUACCUUUGCUGGCUAUUUUCCUAAAUUCAUGUCCAGAUUUUCACUGAUGCAACCUUCUGCGUUAAUGUUGCAUGGCUAGCUUGAUUCCUGACCUUUUCAAGUGAAUGUGUGAGCAACUAGGAACAGUUUAACUAUUGCAAGAUUCAAGGGUAUCUAAUAACAUCCUUGAAAUGUCAGUUAGGCUGUGGCAACAUUAUAUACAGAAAUUUGUGAUAUACAGAAAUUCAGCUAUGGUGAAAAUUUGAAAGACUGUACUCAUUGGGGGGAAAAAAGUAGUGAUGUAGUUCCUGAUGUUUAAUAAAGUUUAAUCAGCUACAAUAUCACAGGAUUCCAAAACUACAGCAUAAUUGAACUGUGGCAUGUGUGCUUAAAAUUAUUUUGUCUUGCUAAAUUGUGGGCAAUCUCGGGCCUAUUAUUUCUCACUUCCAGGCAAUUAUUUUAGAGCAGAAGUUAAAUGUGCCAUUGGUUUAACCAGUGUAGAAGAGUAAGAGGAUCCAGGGCUACUUGUUAUCCAUAACGUGCGUGAGGACAGAUAAAUUCAACUUCAGUCUAUUAAUAUGAAACAAAAUUGGUUUUAUUCCCUCAAUUGUUAAUGUUUCCUAUAUGACAUUAAAUACUUAAAUCCCUUGAGUCUCUUGAGAUUGUUACAAUGUGGCUUUAGCUGAACCAUGUUAUUUGGCUUCAAGUUAUUUCCUUGUACCACACAAUUUUGCUUUAAUUUUAGUUAACAUUUACAGAACCAUCAAAUCUAUUGCUCUCUCCUGUAGCCCUGGCUUAUCCUGUUUAAAAGUCAAGGAUGAGUAAUAAAAUGUCAGUUACUACAUUUUAUUAAAAUCACUAGAUUUAUACAAGACAUUAAGCCAUUGCUGCAAGGAAACCUUGAGCUUUAUGAAGAGGAAAAUGCACAUGUUGACGUUUAGUUUGAUGUAUAGACUGACUUUAUUUUAGCCAGAAUUAUUCACACUCCACCUCCCUUGUCAGAUUCGGAGGGUAGAAUGCCUCAGUUGCACCAUAUUGGGUCGAGGAGGCAAAAGUACAAAAUGUAGGAUGGUUAGUUGAAAACUGGUGUGAGUGGGUUUUGGUCUUAAUGUUUUAUGUACAUGAGCUAGCGGUAAAGUCAGUGCUGUGAUGUAGAUUUUACUAUUACUGUCUUCAAGCAGCUGAUUUACAUGACCAUUUUUUCAUUUGUGUUUUAGUUCUUAAAGGACGUUACUGCAGGAUCUUUUGAAUUUGUGUAUUGCAGUCUUUAUAAGAUAGCGCUAAAUGUAAUGUUUCUGUUGUACGCCAGCACAAUGUCUUGCUUUUAUUUUUACACUUUGCUUGCAAUAAUGGGGUAAUAAAAGUCAUUCAACUUGUAUGUUUUUGGUUAAACAAAGCUUUUUAUACAUUUUCUGUACAAAUUCUUAAUCUUGAUUUGUGAUAGUGGCUUCCUGUUUAAUCCCUCAACUAUCCUGUCAUGUUUAAAGUGUUCCUUUUUAUCUACUUGACCAAAUUUUCAGUUACAUGGCACAGUAUUAAAUUUUGAAAUUUUUCUUGUGA